UGGGUAAAUCUCUCCGCAGGAGUUUGCUGCUGCUGUGCUGCGCUGCGACCUCGCUACAAGCGGCUGGUAGACAACAUCUUUCCUGAAGAUCCAAAAGAUGGUCUUGUUAAAGCUGACAUGGAGAAACUGACUUUCUAUGCAGUUUCUGCACCAGAGAAGCUGGAUCGAAUUGGGGCUUACCUGGCAGAGAGACUGACCAGGGAUGUGGCCAGACAUCGCUAUGGUUAUGUUUUAAUUGCCAUGGAGGCACUGGACCAACUUCUAAUGGCUUGCCAUUCUCAAAGCAUAAAACCAUUUGUGGAAAGUUUCCUUCAUAUGGUGGCCAAGCUUCUGGAAUCAGGCGAACCAAAGCUGCAAGUCCUUGGGACUAAUUCUUUUGUCAAAUUUGCCAACAUUGAAGAAGACACACCUUCAUAUCACAGGCGCUACGACUUCUUCGUGUCCCGGUUCAGUGCCAUGUGUCAUUCCCGUGACCCUGAUCCAGAAAUACAAAAUGAGAUCCGAAUUGCUGGAAUCAGGGGCAUCCAAGGAGUGGUUAGAAAAGCAGUUAAUGAUGAGCUUCGAGCGACCAUAUGGGAACCCCAGCACAUGGACAAGAUAGUGCCAUCCCUGCUGUUCAACAUGCAGAAAAUAGAAGAUAUUGACAGCAGAAUAGGCCCCCCAUCCUCUCCUACAGUAGGAGUGAAAGAAGAAAAUCCUUCUGUGCUGGCUGAGAAUUGUUUCAGGGAACUACUGGGACGAGCAACCUAUGGAAAUAUGAACAAUGCUGUCAGACCAGUUUUUGCGCAUUUAGACCAUCAUAAACUAUGGGAUCCUAAUGAAUUUGCUGUUUCCUGCUUUAAAAUCAUCAUGUAUUCUAUACAGGCACAAUAUUCCCAUCAUGUAAUACAAGAAAUCCUUGGACACCUUGAUGUCCGCAAAAGGGAUUCAGCACGAGUUCGUGCUGGCAUUAUUCAGGUUCUUCUGGAAGCAGUUGCAAUAGCAGCUAAAGGAUCAAUAGGCCCAACUGUUCUGGAGGUUUUUAAUACCUUGUUGAAGCACCUGCGCAUCAGCGUUGACUUUGAGCUGAGUGACCGGCGCAAUUCCUGUGAAAGCUCCACUUUGAGCAUCAGCUCCAAGGAGAGUGAUGAGAGGAUUGUCCAGAAUGCAAUUAUUCAAACAAUUGGAUUUUUUGGAAGCAAUCUUCCAGAUUACCAGAGAUCAGAGAUUAUGAUGUUCAUUAUGAGCAAAGUUCCAGUUUUGGGAGCAACUUCACAGUCGCUGGAUCCCAGUAACCUUGGAGAUUUGGGAAGCAGGAGGAUUCAAAUCAUGUUAUUGAGAUCUUUACUUAUGGUGACUUCAGGAUACAAAGCCACAACAAUAAGCAAUGCCCUUCCUGCCCCCUUUCUGGACCCAUUGCUGUCUCCUUCACUCAUGGAGGACUCGGAGCUGAGGCAGCUGGUGCUGGAAAUCCUGCACAACCUCAUCGACCGGCACGACAACAGAGCCAAGCUCAGAGGGAUCAGAAUAAUACCAGAUGUUUCUGACCUAAAGAUAAAACGAGACAAGAUUUCAAGGCAAGAUGUGAGCUUCAUGAAAAAGCAUGGUCAGCAGUUGUACAGACACAUCUACCUAGGCUGCAAAGAAGAAGACAAUGUCCAGAAGAACUUUGAACUCCUGUUUACAUCUCUAGCUCUUACCACAAUAGAACUGGCCAAUGAAGAAGUGGUGAUUGACCUCAUUAGAGUAGCAAUUGCCUUGCAGGACAUUGCCAUCAUCAAUGAGGAUAAUCUGCCAAUGUUUAAUCGUUGUGGUGUCAUGGCAUUGGUUGCAGCAUAUCUGAACUUCCUGAGUCAGAUGAUUGCAGUGCCUGCCUUCUGUCAGCAUGUCAGCAAGGUCAUUGAAACCAGAAGUGUGGAAGCAGCUUAUUUUCUACCAGAAACAAUUUUCAAAGACAAAUCCAAUCUUCCAAAAUCCUUAGAGAAGGAUGAAACAGAUCUGUUUUUCCUGACCAACAAGAUUGCAGAAUCAUUAGGAGGCAGUGGAUACAAUGUGGAAAGACUGUCAGUUCCAUAUGUGCCCCAGGUAACAGAUGAGGACAGACUCUCCAGGAGGAAGAGUAUUGUGGACACAGUGUCUCUUCAGGUGGAUAUUCUGUCUGGCUGUGGCGUAGAGGAUAAGGUUGAUAAUACUGAAGAAAUCACCUUUGAAGCUUUGAAGAAAGCCAUUGAUAACAAUGGACUUGAAGAACAGGAAAAGGAAAAAAGGCGUCUCGUGAUUGAGAAGUUCCAAAAAGCACCGUUUGAAGAAAUUGCAGCUCAGUGUGAAACCAAAGCAAACUUGCUUCAUGAUAGACUGGCACAGAUACUGGAACUCACCAUCCGUCCUCCACCCAGCCCCUCAGGAACGAUGACCAUGACUGCUGGACAUCCUCAUUACCAUUCUGUUCCAGUCUAUGAGAUGAAGUUUCCAGAUCUUUGUGUGUAUUAAGUGUCUUCUGAAGUCUGCUGGACAUUAUUUAGAGUAGAGUACAAUAGAAAGAACAAGAUGAGUUUUCAAAUUUUAUUGUUUAUUGUAUCUAACUUUAAUAUAAUGAUGGACAUGAGCCAAAUACAGAUUAUUUUAGCCAAAUUCAUGAAACUGUCUUGAAUUGUUUUAUUCUGUAAUAUAUUUUGAGUUAGGUUUUUCACAGACCAUGUUUCUUCAUUUUCAUAUUUGAGUACAUGUAAAAGAUUUAAAACUUGUCUUGCCGUAUAGGUAAAUAUUUCAGUUACUCUAGGAAUUUGUAUUGCUUCAAAUUCCUUUAAUUUGAGAUAUUGUAACUGAAAAACCUAUUAAAGCCUUUGUUUGGUUUGGUUUUUGGUUUUUUUUUUGGUUGGUUUUUUUUGGUUGGUUGUUUUGUUGUUUGUUUGUUUGUUUUUUUACUCCUCCCCUCCUCAAUUCUCUGUCAAACUAGAAUGCUUUUGGCUUGCUUCAUCUCAUUCAAUGUAACCAGGGGAGCCCUACCUGAGCUCCCUCUUUUUCCUGCUGUCACAGCUGCUCAACUUGUUUGGUUUGGAAUAGAUGGAAAAACCAAUACCUUACCUGUGUUCAAAUACAGUGAAUGAAUUAAUGAGCACUUAUUAAGUAUAUUUUGAUGCAUCACAUAACAUGCUUUUUAGAUAGCUUCAUCCAGUAUAUGUACUGUGUUUCUUGCUAAAAGUUAAAUCUUAAGCUUUGCAUAAGAGAGGAGAGAUCUCCUCUUGAAGCACGGAAUUGUGCAAUAUAUUUCAUGUCUUAAGAUGUAUGGUUUACAGACUGUACUUUUGAAAACACUGUAGUAUUUUACUGUCUGCUUUAAUAUAAAUACAGGAGAGAUAUAUUUAGUAUAGCAGAAAAUAAACUGAGGGCAUUUUAAAUCAUAAAUACUAAAACUAUAUUCUGUGAGACAUUUCUCUGUAGUUUAUAACAGCUUUUUAGUGAUAUUUUAGAAAUUGAAAGUAAACUCAAUGAAACCAUUUAAAGAUCAAGAAUUUAUUACAUAUAUUUUCAAGCAAAAGCAUUUUUAGAGACGCAUCUCUGUGUUUGUUUUUGUUUCAUUUCUCAAACCUUUAAGGUAAAUUUCAUAGGUUUAUGUAUCUGAGCAUAUACUAUUCAAAUGUAAAUAAAGUAAAACUGAUAAAGUAAAUCAUGGACAUUUGAUGAUAAUUAUCAAGGCUAUCUUUAUGACUCACUAAAUCCUGCCAGCAAAAAAAGAUAAACAGCAUUCAUUGAUGCCAUGAACAGUAAAUCUGAAGUCCCUUAAUUUAUCUGAAUCUGACUGGGGCAGUGUAAACAUGAAGGAAUGCUCUAAAAUAUCUAUAAUAAAUGUAGACGUUUAAUUGAGUGUUUUGGAUGAACAGUGAAUAUGAAGAAAGUAACCUAACUUCAGUUAGGCCUGCUUUGAGCAGGGACUUGGUUUAGAUGACUUUCAGAAGUCCCAACCUAAAUUAAUCUUUGAUUGCAUAACUCAUGAUCUGAAGGAUUAUUAGCCCUGCUAAUUUGCUGACUGGAGCAUUUGCAAAUGCAUUGUAAAAAAGAUUUUAAUUUUUUUUAACAGUACUUCAGUAUUGUACUGGACUACAUUUAAAGGCCUGAUGUGGCACAACAUAGGGAAAUAUCAGCUACUUAAACCUAUGAGAUGACAUGCUGAGUUUCAGAAAGCAUUCACAAAGCUCAAAAGGUAAUUGAGACCUUCUUUUCAGUUUAACAGUGCAAUCACAGCUGUUAGUGGAUGACGAAACAACCCCUUAUCUACAGCAUUCCGUUGUGAUUUUUACUGCUGCAGCGUGUCA